AUGCAGAAGAAAAUAAUACAACAACAACCGGUACCGGUAGUGCGGAAGGUAUACACAACCUCCACCGGCACUCAUCACCAAACGCAGCAAAUUCAGCAACACAACCAAUCGAAUAUGCAGCUAAACGCGGUGAAAAAGAUCAACAGUCUGCUGCAGAGCGGUUCGGUUAGUGUGACCGGUAUUUCGUCGGGCCAGCAGCGUGUAUUGCAGCGAAAGCCGUUGGCAACCAGCACCUCAUCGGGUGUACUGAUCUCGAGUAGCGGUAAUAGCAACAGUUUCGUUGCUAGGCAGCAGCACCAGCACCAGCAGCCAAAAUGUUACAUCUGCGGUGAAAAUGCUGGCCCCAACGCGACCAUUCUAUCGGAAGCAUCCACCACUACCACGCAAACCGAGUACGUGGUGAAGCUGGCAAAAGUGAUCGGACCGGAAUAUUCGGUUGUGCUUACCGUGGAGGAUGUCAUCUGUCGCCGUUGCAUUAUGCUGCUAAAUCAGGUGGAUAAGUUGGACUCGGAGCUGGAAACGCUGCGCGGUACGCUGCUUAGCUUUAUCCAUAAAAAGAACAAUAUCCCGGACGAUGGUGACACGUCGUCCGGAGGGGGUACGCUUGGUUCGCCGCCUCCGAAGAUGCCGAAACUGACACCGCUCAGUUCGGCCGGUGGAGGCGGUACGGUGGUAACACCAGCCGGUAAUGUCACGUACAGCAUAAAAACGAUUGCAGGACAACAGCAUCAAGCAGUAGUGGACGCCAAUACGUCCGGAGCAAGUGCCGAUCUGAACACGAGUGCCAGCUCGGAUGUUGAGGCUCAGCUGACGAGCAUGUUCGAAAAGAAUAGUUCCUCGCCAGGAACGACGGUGAAGCAACACAUCGUGGUAACUACGAACAAUGGCGGCACGAUGGCGGAAGGUACACCCGGGAGCGGUGGAGUGGGCGUAAACCGGAAGGGCACCAAACUGUACAAGUGCAUUCCGUGUGGAUUCAAAACAGCCGACCUAGCCCAAUUUCAGCCGCAUUACGCAACCUGCCAACCACGGAACAAUGCUGCUGCGGCACAAAACGCUAGUAGUGUGAAUACGGGUACGGGCGCGACUACCACUACACCAACCACCACCACCACCGGGUAUCGGUGCAAGUUCUGUAAGCUGCUGUUUGCCAACAUCGCCUUGCUGAAGCAACAUAACCUGCAGGAACAUCACGGGCAGACGCAUCCGCCGCAGCAGAAGACGAUCGUCACCGUUACCACGGCGACAGCGGGCGGUGUGACGGCAGGACAGCAGGAACAUCAGCAGCAAGGAGCAACCACCACACUGUACUCCUGUACGGCGUGUAACGCCUUCAAAACGACAGACAAACAGUCGUACGACGAUCAUCUGCGAAAGCAUAUCAAGCUAAAGCCGUUCAAGUGUCGCGUCUGUCUGAUGCGUUUCGAAUCACGGGAACAGGCAUCGAUCCACGCAAAGCAGCAUCAACCGGACUAUUUCAAGUGUGGCAUUUGUAAUGUGACGUUCAGCAAGCGCGAGCAGCUGAUGAGUCAUCUGGAGGUGCAUGAAUCGGCAAAAAAGAACUUGAAACAACUAGUUCAGCAGCAGCAACAGGAGCAGCAGCAGCAGCAUCAACAGCAGCAACAGCGACAACAACAUCAGCAACAGCAACAGCAACAGCAAACAUCUACUGGAGCAGACUCGUCCACGCAAAAACUGUUACAGGAAUCGAUCGAUGAGGCACUACGGGAAACGAUCGGUGAUUCGAUUGGCGACUCAAAGGUUAUCCAGUUUCACACCUGCAACUCUUGUUCGCUUACCUUCCUGAGCGAAAAGCUGUACACGCAGCACAUUAAAACGCACGCACACGGUACGGCCUCUGGACCUGCCGUCGUAACGACGGGACUCGCAUUACAGCAACACCAGUCAUCGCACCAGGGACAGUCCCAGCAACAGCAGCUUAUGCUUUCGAACGACACGUCGGCUACAGGCAGGAAAUCGAUGGCAGGGGUGAACAACAGUGGAACAGUAACGACAGCGAGCGAUGGUAGUAAUACAAAGAUUCUUACCACGAGUACCAGUACUGGCGGCGUCAGUGGCGGCGGUGGUGUUGGUGGAGGAAACACCAGUUCCAACACUAUCUCCGAUGGCGAUCUCGAGAGUAUCUUCGAACGGAUGCAUUCCGAUACGAAAGGAAAUGAUUCGAGCACCAGUGCGGGAGGGGAUAAUGGCGGUAAUAGCAACAGCAGCAGCAGCAUGGUCAUAACGAAUCAGGACGGUACGACGGGCAACAUAACGUUCAACAUAACGCUACCCCAACAAGAGGAUGGAACGUUCGUACAGCAGCAACAGGUAAAUAUCCAACAGUCGGUCGGUAUCGAUAUGCCUACGCUCGAUCAAGGCGACGAUCAGCAGCAACCGCAACAACAGAAAGAGCAACAGCAACUACAAACCAUCCCCGUCAGUAUGCCAAGCCUGGACGAUGAUGGCGAACAGUCUCAAAACAGUCAAAACUCCAACACGGAAAACGUACCGAUGGAGCUGGAAGAUAUGCAGCCGGGCGAAGGGCAGCAGAUCAAUUUGAUCCUGAACGAUGGGCAGGUGCUGCAGCUCGACAAUCACAUCCUCACCACGGACGCGGAAGGUAACCAGAUACUGGUCCAGGGCACCGACUCGGAACAGAUCCAGCAGCUACUGCAGAGCGUCGGCGUGGUGAUGCAGGGUGGCGAAGGACUGGGGGAAGGUGAAACGCUGCAGAUGAUUAGCGGCGAUGGUAGCGGCAAUCAGAUGAUACUGGUGCAAGGUGCCGACGGCCAGGAGCAGCUAAUCGAUGCCUCGUUACUAAACGCUGACGGUAACAUCGUCAUCCAGCAGUCCCAGGAAGGUGAGCUGAACGCGGAAGGUACACACAUUACGACCGAGGAUGGGUUGCAGAUACCCGUGUCGGUUGCCUUCACCACGUCUGGCGAAGGCGGUCAUGAGGGCCAGUUGACGGUAUCGGUGGCGGAUGGUAGCGAACAGCAGUUGCAGCUACAUCUACAGCAAGCGGGCCAAGCGGAAGGUGAUGAGCAGCAGCAUCAUGAUGAGUCGGAUGAGCAUCACCACCAUCAUCAGCAGGGAGCUAUCCUGACCGAGAGCGGUCAGAUCAUCAUUCAAACGAAGGAACACGAUGGUGAUAGCGGUGGGAAAGUAGUUGGCGAGGAGAAUGGUUCGGCCAAUGAUUCUAUGACCAGCGAAGGUGGCGCCGCGGAAGACCAUACGAAUGGAGGAGGAGCGGAUACGACACUGUCGUCCGGUGGCUCGAAUGGUACGAUUACAACUACCACGACGGCAGCAGCUACCUCCGGCACGAGUACGAACGCCGUAUCAUCGUCCGGUGGUGGCGAUGAGCAGCUGUUCAACUUUGACGAGCUGAUCCAACCGCAAAUCGUUGUUAAGCAGCAAGUUAAAUAA